AUCUCUCGCACUCUCCUCUUUCGCUCUUCACCAACUAGAGGCACUGUGUUCAAAUCGUGACACUGUGCAUUCUGUAGGGAAGUUCUUUGUUUCUUCUUCUCAGUCAUGGCGCUUCUUGUGGAGAAGACGGUGACGGGGAUAGAGUACAAGGUGAAAGACUUGUCACAGGCUGACUUUGGUCGAAUGGAGCUGGAUCUGGCCGAAGUUGAAAUGCCUGGCCUCAUGGCUUGCAGGGUUGAGUUUGGUCCUUCUCAGCCAUUCAAGGGAGCUAGAAUUACUGGCUCCCUUCAUAUGACCAUCCAGACGGCGGUUCUUAUCGAGACCCUCACUGCCCUCGGAGCCGAGGUCAGAUGGUGCUCCUGCAAUAUCUUCUCUACUCAGGACCAUGCUGCAGCAGCCAUUGCCCGCGACAGUGCAGCUGUGUUUGCCUGGAAGGGGGAGACACUCCAGGAAUACUGGUGGUGUACAGAGAGGGCUCUGGACUGGGGUCCUGGUGGUGGCCCAGAUCUGAUUGUUGAUGACGGGGGGGAUGCCACCCUACUAAUUCACGAGGGGGUCAAGGCUGAGGAAGAGUUUGCGAAGACUGGCAAGAUUCCUGAUCCUUCUUCAACUACCAAUCCCGAGUUUCAGAUUGUUUUGGGAUUGAUCAAGGAUAGUCUCAAGGAGGACCCCUUGAAGUAUCACAAAAUGAAGGACAGGUUGGUUGGUGUAUCUGAGGAGACUACUACAGGGGUGCACAGACUCUAUCAGAUGCAGGCUAAUGGAUCUCUCCUGUUCCCUGCUAUUAAUGUUAAUGACUCUGUUACGAAGAGCAAGUUCGAUAACUUGUAUGGUUGCAGGCACUCACUUCCAGAUGGUUUGAUGAGAGCCACUGAUGUGAUGAUUGCUGGCAAGGUUGCUGUUGUGUGUGGAUAUGGAGAUGUUGGUAAGGGUUGUGCUGCUGCCAUGAAGGCUGCUGGAGCUAGAGUCAUUGUGACAGAGAUUGACCCAAUUUGUGCUCUGCAAGCCCUUAUGGAAGGUAUCCCUGUUCUUACUCUAGAAGAUGUAGUGAGCACUGCAGAUAUCUUUGUUACAACAACAGGAAAUAAGGAUAUUAUUAUGGUGGAUGACAUGAGGAAGAUGAAGAACAAUGCUAUUGUUUGCAACAUUGGUCAUUUUGACAAUGAGAUUGACAUGCAUGGUCUUGAAACCUACCCUGGUGUUAAGAAGAUAACAAUCAAGCCUCAGACAGACCGAUGGGUGUUCCCUGAAACAAACAGUGGUAUCAUUGUCCUUGCCGAGGGGCGUCUCAUGAACUUGGGUUGUGCUACUGGCCACCCAAGUUUUGUCAUGUCUUGCUCAUUCACAAACCAGGUUAUUGCACAGCUGGAGCUUUGGAAUGAGAGAAAAACAGGCAAGUAUGAGAAGAAGGUAUAUGUGCUGCCCAAGCAUCUGGAUGAGAAGGUAGCUGCUCUACAUUUGCCCAAGUUGGGUGCCAGACUUACAAAGCUUUCUCCAGACCAGGCUGCAUACAUUAAUGUUCCCGUGGAGGGUCCUUACAAGCCUGUUCACUACCGAUACUGAGCUAAUCAUGAUUUUCUCAUGACUUGUUUGUGAAGAGCUGUUUUGAUUAUAGCAAUUCGAGCACAAAACAGUUUUGGCAUCUUCAUUAUUUUCCGUAAUAAGUGAUAGAUUACUUAAUUUGAAUGAUGUUGAAUUGUGAGCUGAAGCGGAAUAAGAAUCCAUGGGCUAAACCAAGGAUUUGAAGAAAAUGAAAAGAAAAUGUUCGUUGGUUUCACAUUCUAUUUGUAUCUGGAUUUUAUGCUGAGCAAUUUUAUUAUGUAAAAGCUAUUUUCGUA